AUGGAGAUCGCGCGAUUAAUGAUAUUGUUGGAUUACGAAUGUUUGAAAGAAAAUGGAAAACGGAAAGUUAUUAUUAGCUUCUUUUCAGAAAAGGAUUUAGAAGCACAGACAGCAUGGGAUAUCUUGCAUGAGGAGAAUCUUCUUUAUGCAUCACCACUUCUUGCUCGGAUUUGGAUGAAAUCCUUUCGUGCGUGUGCUGUUUUUCAGGCCAAGGUUGUCAUUAUUGAUAACAUCAUAUUCCACUUUCGUCAAGAUUUCGAUGUGGCUCACAGAACUCGAGUACUUUCUUGUAUUGCACUGAAACUGAUGAAACUGGCGAAGAAGUUCAAUUUGGCUGUAAGGACAUUUAAACUCCGUAACUCCGAAGAUCCUAAAAAGAGAGUAUAUGAGCUUCUAACAUGUUCAAAACAUGCAAAACAUUACUCGACAGGUGACAGUUUGGCACAUGCUUCAACAAAUCGGGUCAUACUGUACCAGAAAUGGUAA